AGUGCGCAGCAGUGCUCAGCGGGCAGCGACGUCUGUUACACAGGAGGAAUCCACAGUAAACACAGAUUGUCGCCACACCGAGAACGAGCCAGUUAACCAUUACAUGAGCAGAAAGUGAUGUGCUUGUCCCAUCUGGCAUAGUGGGGCACUAUAGCUGAGCCCGCUCCCUGUCCUGUUGCUGUUCCCCCUGAAGACAUCCACCACCACCCCCACCUCCCUUUCUCGUCCUCCACCUCCUCUUCCCCCCCCCAGCUGCCCCUGUGAUGCCUCCCUCGUGCUGUGGCUACCUGUCACAGUACACUCAUCAUCAUCUGGUUGUCUUCCUCCUCACCUUUUUUAGCUAUGUGUUGCUACAUGCGUCCAGAAAGACGUUCAGUAAUGUGAAAGUCAGCAUCUCAGCCCAGUGGACACCAUCUUUCCAGAAUGGCAGCGCACCAGCUUUCUCUCCUGGCGAGACAUGGGAGGAAAACCGUCUGUUUGCAGAUGAGAAGCAGGCCACUUUGUUCCUGGGAGCUCUGGACUCCAUCUUCCUUUUUUCAUAUGCAGUGGGUCUGUAUCUCAGCGGUAUCAUUGGGGACAGAGUGAACCUGCGCUACGUGCUCUGCUUCGGCCUGUGUGGCUCUGCUGUAGUGGAGUUUCUGUUUGGCACUCUCACCGAAUGGCUCCAUAUCUACAACAUCUAUCUGUACUGUGGCCUGUGGGUGCUGAACGGCCUGCUGCAAUCAGCUGUCUGGCCCUGCGUGGUAGCCGUCAUGGGCAACUGGUUCGGCAAGGCGGGCCGUGGCUUUGUGUUUGGCCUGUGGAGUGCUUGUGCCUCUGUAGGCAACAUCCUGGGGGCCUUCCUGGCUUCUAGCGUGCUCAAGUAUGGAUAUGAGUACGCCUUCCUGGUGACCUCAGUGGUGCAGUUUGCCGGGGGGGUGGUGGUGUUCUUCGGCCUACUUACCUCCCCAAAAGAAGUCGGUUUGAGCUUGGAGUCAGAGACUGGACUCAGUCCGGUGGAGAGGGACACAGACAGCCACAGGCCUUUGAUGAGCGACGAGGAGGAUGAGGUGGAGGCAGAGGUGUACGCCAGACAAUACCAGCAGCCGGACGAACCUCUGGCCGAGACUCCUCAAGCCAUCGGCUUCUGCCAGGCUUUCUGUCUGCCUGGAGUGCUACCUUAUUCCCUGGCGUAUGCGUGUCUGAAGCUGGUCAACUACUCCUUCUUCUUCUGGCUUCCUUUCUACCUGAGCAACAACUACGGCUGGAAGGAGGCCGAGGCCGACCGCCUCUCUGUGUGGUAUGAUGUAGGAGGAAUCAUCGGAGGGACCGUUCAGGGUUUGAUUUCGGAUUGCAUGGGAAAGAGAUCCCCUGUGUUGGCCAUGAGCCUGGCGCUGGCGAUGGGAGCCCUGAUGGGAUACAGCCGUUCACCGAAUGACCAGGUGAUAAACGCCGCGCUGUUGGCUACCACGGGCUUCUUCAUCGGCGGCCCGUCUAAUAUGAUCAGCUCUGCCAUAUCUGCUGACCUGGGAAGACAGGGGGCUCUGAGGGGCAAUCAGGAGGCUCUGGCUACUGUCACUGGCAUAGUGGACGGAACAGGAAGUAUAGGAGCUGCAGGGGGACAGUACCUGGUGUCCCUGAUUGAGAGCAAGCUGGGCUGGAUGUAUGUGUUCUACUUCUUCAUCGUCAUGACGGGGUGCAGCAUUGUGUUCAUCAUUCCCUUGCUCUUUAAAGAGGUGCUUGCCAUGUGGAGAGACAGACAAGCGCUGCGGCGCCAGCUGUGAACACGUCCAGCCAUAAUGUUCCUACUCUUAUCAGUGCCAACACAGCAGGGCUGCUCACAAACAGCUGCUUUUAGGUGAGUUUCGCGAGGUGUAAAGAUUUGUGGGACGCUGGUUCUCACAGCCCCGAUGGUUAAGGUGACCUAGAGUUACAGAGCCACCAGUUAAACUCCCACAACGACCAGCGUUUGUCUAUUAACACCCAUGAGAGCAGGCACAGAGUCUUUGAGCACAACACUGAAAUCGUAUCCACUCACUAAAAGCCUAGAAAUGUAAAUGCACACUUCUUUUAGUGUGAACAAGAGGAUUUCUAGGUUUGAGCUGAAGUGCCUGAUUGAAAAAGGCUUUAAAAGGGACCUAGCUGUCCAGUCUGUGAAUUCAGGCCUUGCAGGGCCAUCACAGAAUGUACUACUGUAUAUAUUUUAGGAUUUAAAUUGAUGUAAAAAUCUUUUUAAAAGAGAUGCUCCCAAGUUAAGUUCAAUAAUGCUUGGCCUUUUAGAUCAGAAAUUCUUAACUUAAAGACCCCUUUGGGAUAAUUUGGGUGUCAAGAGUGUCUAAAGAAUGUGAAUAUUAAUUGUAAUGUAGAACUUUUAUUGUCAGCUUUUGUAGAUAUGUAUGAUCUUUUUGUUGUUUUUGGGUCGAGAUAAUGAAUAUUGCACUGUAGUACAGUAGGCAAAGUCUUGAAGAUUUUAGUGAACCACUCAGAUCUUAGCUUGGUUCGCUGCCACUUGAUUUCUCUUGUAUACAGUUUUGUGUAAUCAGGGUUAGAAGCUAUACUGUCUACGGGGACUGGUUCUCUUGAUUCUGAAUAUGUGUCAGUCACUGAUUGAUAUACUGUAUGCUCAUUCCUUUUUCAAGUUUUAGUGUCUGAAGUCACAUGCAAUUGCCAUGAAAACCCCCUCGCACACACACACACACACACACACACACACACACAGUGAUAGAAACACAAUAAGAAAAAUCUACCAUUGUCUGACCCAUUUAGUUUACAGUGUAGCAUGCCUAAUGCACUUUAAAGUGUGAACUGCAUACUGACAUUGCAGAAGAGACACAUUUUGCCUGUUUGUAGUAGAAGCUGCACCUUCUCACGGUUGUUUGGGGAACUUGACUGCCAAUCUGUGUCUGAACAGAUUUAAAUGCCAAUAAAGGUAGAUAACUCAUGAUCAGGGUGGGAAAUGGUCAUAUCGUUAUAACACCAGCCAUAUGCUAGUUAAUAAUUGGGCAGGUUGUCUACUUUACUAGACAAUGUGGUCAGUAACCAGCCAUCAUUUGGGGGGAGAUUGUUUUGGUUCAAAUCAGUAAAAAAAUAGAAUUUGUGAUUCUUUUUCAGCCACUUUGGCCAGUAGACACAACAUUUAGUUUGCUCUGUUGCAUGUCGACCAUUUAAAGUGCUUUUAACAUCUGGGACAUCAGGGCAUCUUUGUAUUAUCAUUACUGGUAUGAGAUGUGUUUCUUAUGCUAAACCAACAGCACUGGAGCAUAACAUGAGACUACACCCUCGAUGUCUCUGAACUUGCAAAGUGUAAUAGAAUGUAAAUUGAAAUGUUUGUGGAAUGUGUAACCCUGUCUGUGGUGUAUUUAUUUUGUUUUAUUUUUUAUUUAUGUGUACUUUUUGAGUUUUAACUCGUGUAAAUGCACAUUUUCCUUUUAAAUAAAUGAAAGUUACAUUUGGCAAA